AUGCCUACAAGCUUUUCGGACCGAAAAGGCGGCUGUGCCACGGGCUUCGCGUUUCUCGCGGUUCUUGCCGGCGUGUCGCUGGGCAUCACCAUCCGCCUCUACAUCGACCGUAACAAGGAGCGGCCAGAAGAGCUUGCACAAUGUAUCGUGAUGGGGAUCUUUGUUCCAACCUUCAUAGUGGUUUCGGCGUACCUCAACGUCGUGGAGCUGACGACACCAGAGUGGCACGUUCGUCUGGUGUUAGCAACAAACUCUCUAUUCGCCAUUGCCACUGGCGCCUUUGCCAUCCUCGACGGCGUAUUUCAGAUACUUGGUACCAGCCCACCUAGAACGACCUUGGACACCGUCUCACUCGUUCUCAACGCUGCACAAGCCGUACUUUCCGCCGUAAUGGUCGGCCCAACAAUGAAGCUUGUCAAGAUUUUGAAGGAACACCAGGCCAGGUUAAAUUCUGCUCAUGACAUUGAGGAAGGACUUGGAGCCCCGACAAAUGGAAGGUCAGGCCGGGUUCCGCUGGUGACGGUCUCCUCGGGGCCAUCUCAAGCCAAAUCGGCUGGCCGGGAGUCGAAGGAGAUGCCGUCAUCAGAGCAUAGGCCAUAG